AUGUCUUCAACGCCAACAUCAGCCUCUAGUAGUGCUGCUGCCACCACCACUGCUAGUAGCGACGGAGAGGGUUCGAGUUCGAAUAAUGCUACAAGCUCACCUUUAUUGUUCUUCGUCGCUCUUGGGUUUGGUGUUGUGUUUACAAAUCUAUGGAUCAUUGUUGGAGUCAAAUACUGCUUUCGAUAUAACCAACGAAAUCGUCAACUCCGCAGUGAAGAAGUAGGAGAGCCCAUAGACUUGGUCACCAUGCCACGAACUCAUCGCAGGCGAAGGGAAAAAAGGCUAAUGACGAUGGAUGAAGUCAACGGGCGGUUCCCACUUGUCAAGUACAAAGUGUGGAGAUCAUCUCGCGCCAACCAGGGCCUUUCAACAGAAGGAGGUAUCACAGCCCCAAAUAGCAGGCCACAGAGCCUAAAGGAUGAAAGUGAUAUCGUGACAAAGGCGGUUGGGGUUCACACGGCUGCAAUAUCACCGUCUACCAAGGGCCAUGUACGGGUGGAUUCCGUUGAUACCUUACCACCCCCCAUUCAAGAGGUACAAGAUGGCCCUCUGGUGCAGACUUCGGAGAAGGGCCCUGCAGUAUCUUCAAAGCCUUCCAACCGGCAGUCCACUGGUGCAGGUAUACAGAAAGAGAAAUGGCAGCAUUCCUUGACCAAUGAAAACAUGACCACGGAUAUUGGGGAACAUGAUGAAGGUGCCUACAUUGGUAAUGCUGUUACUGCUGAUCUUCUGCCCAACCCUGGCGAUUCUUGUGCGAUUUGCCUAGAUAUCAUUGAGGACGAUGAUGAUAUCCGGGGACUUACUUGUGGCCAUGCUUUCCAUGCUUCAUGCGUCGACCCCUGGCUUACUAGCAGAAGGGCAUGUUGCCCUCUAUGCAAGGCCGAUUACUAUGUCCCCAAACCCCGUGCACAGACCGAAGCACAGUCUGUCACAGAUCGUCAGGGUCGUCGUACAGCCUCGAACCACCCGGAUGCAAUCCUCAGACCCCCUCGAGUUGCUUGGAAUGGUGGCAGGGCAAGCGGAUUCAGAGGCCAGAUGGGCUUGCCUAGCCGAAUAUUCCAAUCGACAUCUCCAGAGGAAAGAAGCGUAUCUCCAAACCGAGAACAGCAUGUACAGAGUAGGCGUGAUCAGCCUUGGGACCCACCCCAUGCCUCGGGUUCAUCGGGUCAAUCCACCUGGUCUCGAUUGAUUCCUACUCGACUCCGCCAACUUUCCUUCCAUUUUCCCUCCUCAAGAAGACCACCUCUAGUUGGGGCUUCUGUGGAUCCACUGCCUUCGGAAAGACGCACACCUCGUCAAGUCGAAGCUGGUACCACAUGA